AUGUUUAUGUCUGGAUCUUUAUUCAGAAAUGUCCAUUUUUUAAGCUUACGACAUUCAAUAUUGGAUAAAUGGUCACCACAUUCAGCACUCACCGCAUUAAGAAAUUUCAGUACAGGGAACAAUGGAUUUGACUGUUGGAAAGAUUACUCAACGGGUAAAAGCUCGAUCGUUUUUGACAACCGGAGAAACUACCAGUACAAUCCACAUGAUCAUUUGACAAUUGGAAACACAUCAUAUGGCACUCAGCUGACUAGGGAUGCUAAAUUUAGAUAUUCACUUGGACUUAGCCCAUUCUUCACCUUGUAUUCUAACCCAUUGGAUAUGGUAAAAUUUACAGCCAAAUAUUUGUUGAGCUUUCGCUUCCUCUUCAUUUAUAUGGCCCGUACCACUUUCCAGGCCGUACGGCCACUGCUGGCAUUUUGUGUCUUUGGCGAAAUCAUGAAGUUGAUACUAGCAACUAUGAACGGAGGGAUAUUCGCCUUUUUGUUUUCAUUUGUCUUGGCCUUCGAAGUGCUAUACUUCUUCCUUCAAUGUUUCAUCUCUUACACAUUCUUAACCAUGUUUUACACGCUCAUGUUCUAG